UUCAAUUAACAGCAGUUAACAGACUUCUUUACGAUUGUCAGAUGAUAUUCCUCUUCCAUUUAUUUGUGAUUUGACAAAGACUUUGAUAAAGACAAGUUCGAAUCGUAUUUCAAAAGCAUAUUGGAUAGGAGAUAUUAUAUGAUAACGAAUGAGCAUUUUGGUUUCGGGAAAAAUUCAAAUACGGAACCGUAACCUCCAUUUACUACAUGAAUUCAUAUCAACAGGUAGUAAAUACCGGCUCUCAACCGCCUACUGUGUACGAUCAGAAGUAUGUAGAUUUCGUGGAUAACGUACUGAAGGAAGUAGCCGACGAUUUUGAGAGAGAGAAAAAAUUCUCCGAUCAAAAUCUAUUGAAACUACACAAGUUGUUUGAUGGAGUAUUUGAAAGAGCCUUAGAUUUGUACGAGCAACAACGAGUGACACAAAUUUCUACAUCCAAUACGAUUAUAACAGAGCCGUGCAAAGGGAUUAACGAGGCCAGCUGGUUAAUGCAAGUUAAAGGGCAUUCUGGAGCAUUGUACACACUUUUUCCAGAAAUAAAUUAUUGUACUUGCGCUGCUUUCAGACAUCAGGUUCUAACAGAUCGGUCUGCUUUUACAUGUAAACAUGUUUUGGCAACUUGGCUAGCCAGUAUUGACAAUGAGAAGCUGUUACAUCAGCAAUUAACACAAAAGCAGUUUAAUAAUUUAUUGUUACAUCAGGCUUCAAACAAAUAUGAUCCCCUCUAAUACAGAAGACUACA